AUGUGGAGUUGCGAAGAUUUUAAUUACACUGACAACAUUCAAGACCAGCGUCUCUGCCAUGAUUUCCACCUCGUCCUCUUUGUCCUGUCCAUCCUCUACCUCAUCAUAUGUUUCCCAACUGGUCUCUGCUACAAUGUUCAGCUUGUGCUGGUUAAUCUGUACAACAAGGCAACUAUGACCAUGCCGGAUGUGUACUUUGUAAAUAUGGCAAUUGCAGGACUCAUCAUCAAUGCUGUGGCCCCUGUGUACCUUCUAGGACCAGAGUAUACCAAAUGGUCACUGUGGAGCUUCGGCAAUGAGGUUUACAUUACUCUGCUAAUUCUCUUUAAUGUGUCAUCUUUGGUGAUCAUGUAUUCCACAACAUUGCUCAGUCUGGAUUAUUAUAUAGAAUGUGCGCUACCAAGAACUUACAUGUCAAGUGUCUACAACACAAAGCACGUUUGUGGGUUUAUCUGGGGUGGAGCAGUUUUGACCAGCUUCUCGUCUCUCCUGUUCUACAUCUGCAAUCAUGUAUCUACUAAAAUCAUUGAAUGUUCAAAGAUGCAAAAUCGAGAGGCAGCUGAUGCGAUCAUGGUCCUUAUUGGAUAUGUGGUGCCAGUUCUUGCUGUACUGUAUGCUUUGGUCCUUAUUUUACAAAUUCGAAAAGAGGAAACUCCCCUUGAUCAGGAUUCUGGAAGACUGGAUCCAUCCGUGCAUCGGCUUUUAAUCGCCACCGUUUGCACACAGUUUAUUUUAUGGACGCCAUAUUAUGCUACGCUUAUGGUGAACACAUUUACAGACAUUCAUGUGAAGUCCACUGACCACCGUUUCAUGAGGACAUUUCACUUCAUCGAGGGUUUGUCAAGCUUCUUAGCCUUCUCAAGCAGCUUUGUCAUGCCUCUACUACACAGACACAUUAACAAAAACUUUCAUAGCAAGCUCCAGAGACUGCUUAAAAAAUUGCACUGUGGCAAUGAAGGUUGCGCCCAUGAGCGCACUGUGGUUCAGCAGGUGAUGACUUAA